GUGAGAAGAAGCUUUUGCCAAGGACUCCCCUCUAGGUAGCGGCUGGCAGGGGCGUCGACGGUAUGGAUAGGGUUCUUGGCUGCCGCCAAUGAUAGGGAAUGCAUGGCGGCCACGCCCUGGAGCAUCGAUCGCCAACACCAGGAGCAGGAAUUCCAGCGCAAGAAAAUGCCCGCUCCUUUGAGUUUCGAUCGCCCUCCUAGGAUGGCGCUGCGAGCGGAAAUCGGCGGGAUUUUCUUCGCGCGAUGGUGAUUCCAGCUCGUUUCUUGCGGCAGUCUAGGAUUCUCGUGUCGGAUAUGGCGGUCCGCCGCCUCGCCGAGACGCUGUCGAGGAGCCUGGUGGAUGAUAUCUACAAGUGUAGCAAUAUGAAGCAGACGGGCGUGAGUCUCAAGUAUAUGAUGGAUUUUGGAGCGAAUCCCACCGAGAAGAGCUUGCUCCUCUCCUCCCAGUUCUUGCACAAGGAGCUCCCCGUGAGGCUUGCGCAUCGCGUCAUGGAGCUGGACAAUCUUCCCUAUGGUCUCUCAGAGAAAGCUCCCGUGCUAAAGGUGCGUGACUGGUAUGUGGACUCGUUCAAAGACUUGCGGACGUUUCCGGAGAUCCAAGACGCUGCUGACGAGAUGAAAUUCACAGACUUGAUACACCAGAUAAAAAUUCGCCACAACAACGUAACCCCGACUGUUGCUAUGGGAGUUCAAGAGCUCAAGGAAGAGCUGGGAAGGAGAGGGGGCUUGCUUGAGCUGCCGGAAAUUCACCAGUUUCUUGACCGCUUUUAUAUGUCGAGAAUUGGAAUUCGUAUGCUCAUUGGCCAGCAUGUUGCGUUGCAUCAGCCAAACCCAGCACCCGGCUACAUUGGAUUGAUUUCCACCCGGGUUUCCCCAGUUUUGAUCGCGCAGAAUGCCAUUGACGACGCUCGAUCGGCCUGCAUGCGUACGUAUGGAAGUGCUCCGGAAGUGCACGUCUAUGGCGACCCAAACUUUGCAUUCGCCUACGUUCCCACUCAUCUCCAUCAGAUGUUGUUCGAGCUGCUGAAAAACUCCCUCCGUGCAGUGCAGGAGCGUUUCAUGGAUUCGGACCAAGAAUCUCCUCCCAUCAGGAUCAUCGUCGCCGAUGGUGUCGAAGACGUCACCGUGAAGAUAUCUGAUGAAGGAGGUGGGAUUCCCAGGAGCGGCCUCUCAAAGAUCUGGACGUACCUCUACACCACCGCAAAGUCUCCGCUGGAAGAGAGCAGGCAUAUGCAAGAGACGCCGAAUGUGAUGGCUGGCUACGGCUAUGGCCUCCCAAUCAGUCGGCUGUACGCGAGGUACUUUGGAGGAGAUUUGCAAGUCAUAUCGAUGGAAGGCUACGGAACCGAUGCCUAUCUCCAUCUCAACAGGCUUGGCAACGAGCAAGAACCAUUGCCAUGAGAAGAAAAAAAUAAGGAGAAGAAAACGAGGCUCCAUUUUAUUCUUUGAUGCGGACUUGAGACACGGAAUUUGAGUGACUUGUGAAAUGUUUUUGCUUUGUCGGACGUGAAACCCUCUGUCCAAUCCGGCAGAACGUGGGUAUAGAGCCUUUCUUCUCUUGUGUUCUUCCACAGGAGCUAUGUC